UGCCGCGUUGGAGAGUGAACGCAAUGAGGGAGGAGAGGGAAGAGGGAGAUUAAGAAUUAGAGUUGGGGAUAGAUGGAGAAUUAGAGGUGGGGCUAGAUGAAGAGAUUGAGGUCCGUGUAAAAGGAUAAGAUAGAGCUGAGGAUCCUCGACAUUUCUCCUCUUCUCUCUCAACAACGUUCUCUACCUGAAAUAACAGAAGCAUGCGUAUGAGAACGAAUCCCCGGAGCGCGUCUCUCCAGGAGCAGAUAUUGAGCCAAAUUAAUGACAGGAAGGAAUAACGGUUUUACACACCAGGACCGACGUGGGUUCGUUAGCAACAAUGUGGUGCAUCAACUGCGCCUCCGACAAGACUCCUGUUUUUCUAAAUAACAACAAGCUGAUAUACUGUGUGGAAGAGCCUCACCGUGACGACACAGGCAGUUUCUCCGACAGCACCUGUAGACAGGGACCCUACCUAAGCAGCUCUGAUCAUCGCUACAACAGUGGCCCCGGCCCACUGGGCCACCACCCCCAGGGCCCCCCGGUGGCCCCUCCUAGCCCUGCCUCCCUGGCCUGGGCCCAGAGGACCUGGCACCAGCCUGCCAGCCUGGCGCUCCGGAAGCAGGAGGAGGAGGACAACAGGCGCUGCAAAGCCCUGUCCGACAGCUAUGAGCUCUCCACAGACCUACAGGACAAGAAGGUGGAGAUGCUGGAGAGGAAGUAUGGAGGUUACUUGCUCAGUCGGCAGGCGGCACGCACCAUCCAGACGGCGUUCCGUCAGUACCGCAUGAACAAGAACUUUGAGCGGCUACGAAGCUCUGCCUCCGAGAGCCGGAUGACUCAACGUAUCAUCCUGUCUGACAUGAGACUGCAGUACUCGUUUGACGAGCCCCAGGGCCAAGGGGUUCAGCAGGGACAGAGGUAUCCUCACCCUGGAGGCCACCCUGGGGAUGAAGAGAUGCAGGCUGGGUCUCCUCCACGCUGCGAGGGGGACAGAGAGGAGUACACAUACCUGGACGAGACCUUCUCCAAACAGGUGAAGUCCCUGGCUGACUCCAUCGAUGACACCCUGACCUGUCAGUCUGGUGUGGAAGACGGUCAGCAGGAGGAGGAGGAGGAAGAGGAGGAGGAAGGUGACGGAGACGAGACAGGGGUGGAGGUGGAUGACUUUGGAGAGUGUGUUUGGAGGCCCAGGGAGGGAGACAGACAGAGGGAUGGAGGAAGAGGAGGAGUGGGAGGAAGAAUAGGAGGAGGAGGAGGAGAGAGACAGAGCAUGCACGAAGACAGCACAGCCACCUCCUACAACGACGUGACCCUCUACAUGGAUGACAGGCUCUCCUCCUCUCCCCUGUCCUUGGACCGGGCCCCCAGCAGCCCAGACACAGAGUACUGGAGCCCUGGAGUGUGUGGCGGCAGGGUGGGGGGAGGGGACAACAGCCGGGACACAGAGGGAGGGGGCAGCAGUAACAGCCGACACAGCACCCCCUGUACAGAGUGUAGAGACUACAGCCUUAGAGAAGCUCACCUACCCCUGUUGACCCUCGAACUCCCGAGCGACAGCUCUGUUGAUAUGAGUGACCGCUCGGGCUCUAUAGGCCAACGGGUCUACGAGACAGAACCAGGGGGAGGAGUUGGUGGAGGGGGGUCGCCUCAGGGCACUAUUAAACAUAACCCCCACCCAAAGCCUCACCCCAACCCCAACGGGCGUGCUGUCCCCAUACCUCCCCAGGCCCAAGGCCAGACUCGUACUGUGCUUCCUCACCACCCCCACCCCUCGGCCAUCCCCUCCCACCUGCCCUACCACACCAUCCUACACCACCACCAUCAGCUCCCAUAUUACCCUCUACACCCAAACCACCCGCACCCCAAUACCCCCUCCUCCUCCUCUCAGUCCCCCCAGGGACCACCCCUCACCCCCCUAGUUUCCUCCUCAUCAGCCACACUGCCCCCUGGUGGCCAGGAGCAGGUCUGCUGUUCUGACGGAGACAACGACUCUCUCAGCUCCACCACCAACUCUAACGACACCAUCAACUGCUCCUCCGGGUCCUCAUCGCGCGACAGCCUCCGGGAGCCCCUCCCACCGCUCGGGAAACAGACCUAUCAGAGAGAAAGCAGACACAGCUGGGAUAACCCCGCCUCUAACAACGACGUGGUGCAGAGACGACAGUACCGCAUCGGACUCAACCUGUUCAACAAGAAGCCAGAGAAGGGUAUACAGUACCUGAUAGAGAGAGGCUUCGUAUCGGACACACCGGUAGGCAUCGCCCGCUUCAUCCUGGAGAGGAAAGGACUGAGCAGACAGAUGAUAGGAGAGUUCCUGGGCUGCAGACAGAAACAGUUCAGCAAGGACGUACUGGAUUGUGUGGUAGAUGAGUUGGACUUCUCAGGGAUGGAUCUCGACGAUGCCCUCAGGAAGUUCCAGGCCCAGAUUAAAGUCCAGGGGGAGGCCCAGAAGGUGGAGAGACUGAUCGAGGCAUUCAGUCAGCGGUACUGUGUGAGUAACCCGGUGCUGAUCCGACAGUUCCGGAACCCCGACACCAUCUUCAUCCUGGCCUUCGCCAUCAUCCUCCUCAACACUGACAUGUACUCUCCCAAUGUCAAACCAGAGAGGAAGAUGAAGUUGGAGGACUUCAUCAAAAACCUCAGAGGAGUGGACAAUGGUCAGGACAUUCCCAGAGACCUGCUAACGGGAAUCUACCAUCGGAUAGAGAAGUGGGAGCUGCGCACCAACGAUGACCACGUGUCUCAAGUACAGGCUGUGGAGAGGGUUUUGGUUGGCAAGAAGCCUGUGCUCUCGCUGCCACACCGCAGAUUGGUGUGUUGCUGUCAGCUGUACGAGGUGCCUGACCCUGACAGAAGCCAGAGGACUGGAGUCCACCAGAGAGAAGUCUUCCUCUUCAACGACCUGCUCGUGGUAACCAAGAUCUUCCAGAAGAGGAAGACUUCUGUGACAUACAGCUUCAGACAGUCCUUCCCCCUGGUCGAGAUGCACGUUCACAUUUUCCAGAAACAAUACUAUCCCCACGGUAUCCGUCUGGCAUCAGCCAACCCUGGCGGGGACAGAAAGGUUCUGAUCGUGUUUAACGCUCCGAGUCAGCAGGACAGAACGCGUUUCACCUCCGACCUGAGAGAGAGCAUCGCUGAGGUGCAGGAGAUGGAGAAAUACAGGGUGGAGUCGGAGUUGGAGAAGCAGAGAGGAGUGAUGAGGCCUGUUGUGGCCGGGUCUGACGGUGGUGGUCCCAGCGGCGGCGUGAAGGAGGUGAACGGCAUUCUGGGUAGGCCCAGUCUGGACGACAGCUAUGCCUCUGCAGAUGGACUCAAACGUACCGCGCUCAGCUCAUCACUGAGAGACCUAGCAGACACAGGAAAGCGGGGCCGCCGGAACAGUGCUGGCUCCCUGGACAGCACUAUGGAAGGCUCCAUCAUUAACAGUCCCAGGCCUCAUCAGCGCCCCCACAUGGCUGGGGGUGUAAUGCCACCCGGUUGCUAUGACAUCCAAGACUACCGGCCUCACCACCCCAUCCUGAGCCCCGGGACGGGAGUGGGGGGUGGGCCGGGGCUAAAUCACAAUACCGCUACUGGGACGACGGCACUGGGUCCCAGCAGCGGAGACCGAGGGGUGACAGGAUCCCAGGGGAGCGGGUCUGGAGGGGGAGGGGGAGGGGGCAGUGGAGGCUCCUUCCUGGGUUCCCUGUUUGGGAGCAAGCGCUCCAACACCAAGCCCCCUGGUCCUCUCCCCUCUCUCCCCCCUCUCCUCCCACCUGGGCUGCCACACUACCCUGCACCUGUCCCCCCGCCCAUCACCGGCGGCCCGCCCCCACACUCCCCCUCCGCCCUCAGCAACUCCGACCCAGGAGGGCCCUCCAAGAUCCAGGCUCUGCACGCCCAGUACUGCCACAACAGUACCGCAGGGCAGCAGCCUCCUCCAUCCUACUACCAUCACCACCACCGCUACCACGCCCAGACAGGGCCCGCUCCCAGCCAGCCCUCCUCCACCGCCCAGGGGGCCCCUGGGCCUCAUACCAUCCACAGGGGCCCCCUGGUUGGGGUUCCCAAGCGGCCGGGCCCCGGUCCUGCUCCCUCUCAGCUGCAGCAGCAUGGUGUACAGGGUCAGGGGGGGUUCUAUACCAACAUGGGGGUUUCUAUGGGGGUAGGCUGCCCCCCUCCGCCCCUUUCUCCACAUUCUCCUCACUCCCCGGGGCCCCCGAUCCUCUACCACACACACUCCACUCACGGUCAAGGAGGAGGAGUAGGCGCCAAGCUCCCUCUUACUCUCUCACGCUCGCAGCCCCACCCUCACGCCCACACCCAUGUCCCUCAUCUUACCGCUCAUUCCCACAGCCACAGCCCCCAUCCCGGCCUUUCCUACAGCCCCCAUCUCGCCCAACACCCUCAGCACCAGACUCACUUCAUCUUUGCCGCCCCGCCCCCACAGACCCCUUCCGCCCGGUACGUUCCACAGGCCGACGCCCACAGCCACGCCCAGUACCUCCCGCUCUCCUCCAUACCCCCUCCCCCUCCUCACUCCCCUUUACCCCCCCCUUCCUCCCCUCACACCCCGCUUACCCCUCUCUCCCCCUACACCCUCCAGCUCCAGGCGCCCAGCCAUCCGCCCAGCCACCCACCCCAGCUCCAGGGAGUGCAGCAGGGGUCUGGCGGGGGCAGCACCACCAGCUCCAAGUCAAAGCCUAUCAACCGCAUCAGCACGGUGGUGUGAGUGUCAGGAGACGCAACAACCCUCCCAGACACCAGGGGGCACCGCUCGUCAGACUGAGGUCGUCAGACCAGGACAACUACAGGUUUAAGAGGGGCAACAUCCAGGUCAUCCAAUAUGGCCGCCGGCGCUCUGGGAGAGGCAGGUGGAGGUGGGACUUGCUCAGGCUGUGUUACUUCCACCUCCGGUUUCCUCACAGAUUCACAUUCAGGUAGAGAGGAAGAGGAAGAUACUAACUCACUGAAGAGGAAGAUACUAACUCACUGAAGAGGAAGAUACUAACUCACUGAAGAGGAAGAUACUAACUCACUGAAGAGGAAGAUACUAACUCACUGGAGAGGAAGAGAGGAAGAGGAAGAUACUAACUCACUGAAGAGGAAGAUACUAACUCACUGAAGAGGAAGAUACUAACUCACUGAAGAGGAAGAUACUAACUCACUGAAGAGGAAGAUACUAACUCACUGGAGAGGAAGAGAGGAAGAGGAAGAUACUAACUCACUGAAGAGGAAGAUACUAACUCACUGAAGAGGAAGAUACUAACUCACUGAAGAGGAAGAUACUAACUCACUGAAGAGGAAGAUACUAACUCACUGGAGAGGAAGAGAGGAAGAGGAAGAUACUAACUCACUGAAGAGGAAGAUACUAACUCACUGAAAGUCUGACUCGCUCUCCAGACUCAGAGACUAGAGGAAGAAGAAAACACACACAAAAAAAUUAUAUUCAAUGACUCAUGGACAGUAUAGAGGUUGAUAGUUAUAAAGACAUUCAAUGACUCAUGGACAGUAUAGAGGUUGAUAGUUAUAAAGACAUUCAAUGACUCAUGGACAGUAUAGAGGUUGAUAGUUAGAAAGACAUUCAGUGACUCAUGGACAGUAUAGAGGUUGAUAGUUAUAAAGACAUUCAAUGACUCAUGGACAGUAUAGAGGUUGAUAGUUAGAAAGACAUUCAGUGACUCAUGGACAGUAUAGAGGUUGAUAGUUAUAAAGACAUUCAAUGACUCAUGGACAGUAUAGAGGUUGAUAGUUAUAAAGACAUUCAAUGACUCAUGGACAGUAUAGAGGUUGAUAGUUAGAAAGACAUUCAAUGACUCAUGGACAGUAUAGAGGUUGAUAGUUAUAAAGACAUUCAAUGACUCAUGGACAGUAUAGAGGUUGAUAGUUAUAAAGACAUUCACUGACUCAUGGACAGUAUAGAGGUUGAUAGUUAUAAAGACAUUCAAUGACUCAUGGACAGUAUAGAGGUUGAUAGUUAGAAAGACAUUCAAUGACUCAUGGACAGUAUAGAGGUUGAUAGUUAUAAAGACAUUCAAUGACUCAUGGACAGUAUAGAGGUUGAUAGUUAUAAAGACAUUCACUGACUCAUGGACAGUAUAGAGGUUGAUAGUUAUAAAGACAUUCAAUGACUCAUGGACAGUAUAGAGGUUGAUAGUUGACAUGAGAAGAAGGAACGAGAGAUAGUGAGUUGAGUGUGCUGCUGAAGAGGAAGUGCUUUUCUGUGUCUUUGUGUGGCAUGUACGUACGUGUGACCUCAUGUUACAGUGAGCUCCCAAAAAGUAUUGGGACAGUGACACAUGUGUAGUUUUUUUUGGGGGGGGGGGCUCUUUUGUACUCCAGCAGGUUUUGAAAUGAUACAUGUGACUGUGAGGUUAAUAUGCAGACUGUCGGCUUUAAUUGGAGUGUAUUCUCAAUCAUAUCGGGUGAACCGUUUAAAAAUGACAGCAAUUUGUGUAUGUAGUCUCCACAUUUUAAGAGUAUUGGGACAAAUUCUCUCUUAUGUGUACUGAAGUUUACUAUUUGGUCCUAUAUUUCUAGCACGCAUUGAUUACAUCAAGCAUGUGACUUUACAAACUUAUUGGAUGCAUCUGCUGUUUGUUUUGGUUGUGUUUCAGAUUAUUUUGUGACCAAUAGAAAUGAAUUGUAAAUAAUGUAUUGUGUCAUUAUGGAGUCACUUUUAUUGUAAAUAAGAAUAGAAUAUGUUUCUAAACACUUCUACAUUCAUGUGGAUGAUUUCCAUGGUUACGGCUGGUCCUGAAUGAAUCGGGAAUAACGAUGAGUGUGAAAGUUACAAACGCACGAUUAUCAUACCCCCAAGACAUGCUAACCUCUCACCAUUACAAUAACAGGGGAGGUUAGCAUUUUAUAUCAUACCCCCAAGACAUGCUAACCUCUCACCAUUACAAUAACAGGAGAGGUUAGCAUUUUAUAUCAUAACUCCAAGACAUGCUAACCUCUCACCAUUACAAUAACAUGGGAGGUUAGCAUUUUAUAUCAUAACUCCAAGACAUGCUAACCUCUCACCAUUACAAUAACAGGGGAGGUUAGCAUUUUAUAUCAUACCCCCAAGACAUGCUAACCUCUCCCCAUUACAAUAACAGGGGAGGUUAGCAUUUUAUAUCAUACCCUCAAGACAUGCUAACCACUCACCAUUACAAUAACAGGGGAGGUUAGCAUUUUAUAUCAUAACUCCAAGACAUGCUAACCUCUCACCAUUACAAUAACAGGGGAGGUUAGCAUUUUAUAUCAUACCCCCAAGACAUGCUAACCUCUCACCAUUACAAUAACAGGGGAGGUUAGCAUUUUAUAUCAUAACUCCAAGACAUGCUAACCUCUCACCAUUACAAUAACAGGGGAGGUUAGCAUUUUAUAUCAUAUCUCCAAGACAUGCUAACCUCUCACCAUUACUAUAACAGGGGAGGUUAGCAUUUUAUAUCAUACCUCCAAGACAUGCUAACCUCUCCCCAUUACAAUAACAGGGAAGGUUAACAUUUUAUAUCAUACUCCCAAGACAUGCUAACCUCUCACCAUUACAAUAACAGGGGAGGUUAGCAUGUUUUAGGGGUAUGAUCUUUGUGGGUCUGUAACUUUCUUACUCAUCAUUAUUCAUGAUUAAUUCAGGCUUAUCCGUAAUCAUGGUAGCAUCCACAUGAAUGAAAUAGUGUUUGGAAACAUUGCACUUUGACCUCAUAGUGACUGUAUGAUUUCAAAUCCAAAGUGCUGGGGGACUAUAAGUGUUACAUCAUAAACACUCCCCAAUCACUUGGGACAACAACAGGUGAAAUGUCUUGUAGUCCUAUCAAAUAUUUGUCAAUGAUUUUCUUUGAAUAUACUGUAUAUUUGGUACAGUGGAAUGAGCCAACCAUACCAGUACAGAAUAUGAAAAUAUAUUGGGGCUUCUGUCCCAACCAUUCCAGUAUAGAAUAUGAAAAUAUCUUGGGGCUUCUGUCCCAACCAUUCCAGUAUAGAAUAUGAAAAUAUAUUGGGGCUUCUGUCCCAACCAUUCCAGUAUAGAAUAUGAAAAUAUCUUGGGGCUUCUGUCCCAACCAUUCCAGUAUAGAAUAUGAAAAUAUCUUGGGGCUUCUGUCCCAACCAUUCCAGUAUAGAAUAUGAAAAUAUAUUGGGGCUUCUGUCCCAACCAUUCCAGUAUAGAAUAUGAAAAUAUCUUGGGGCUUCUGUCCCAACCAUUCCAGUAUAGAAUAUGAAAAUAUCUUGGGGCUUUAAACACCCAUGAUUAGCAUUAGGUUUACACUCCCACGAUUAGCAUUAGGUUUACACUCCCACGAUUAGCAUUAGGUUUACACUCCCACGAUUAGCAUUAGGUUUACACUCCCACGAUUAGCAUUAGGUUUACACACCCACGAUUAGCAUUAGGUUUACACUCCCUCGAUUAGCAUUAGGUUUACACUCCCUCGAUUAGCAUUAGGUUUACACACCCACGGUUAGCAUUAGGUUUACACACCCACGAUUAGCAUUAGGUUUGCACACCCACGAUUAGCAUUAGGUUUACACACCCACUAUUAGCAUUAGGUUUACACUCCCACGAUUAGCAUUAGGUUUACACUCCCAUGAUUAGCAUUAGGUUUACAUUCCCUCGAUUAGCAUUAGGUUUACACUCCCUCGAUUAGCAUUAGGUUUACACACCCACGAUUAGCAUUAUGUUUACACUCCCACGAUUAGCAUUAGGUUUACACACCCACUAUUAGCAUUAGGUUUACACUCCCAUGAUUAGCAUUAGGUUUACACACCCACAAUUAGCAUUAGGUUUACACUCCCUCGAUUAGCAUUAGGUUUACACUCCCUCGAUUAGCAUUGGGUUUACACACCCACGAUUAGCAUUAUGU